AUGACCAAGUACAGAGAUGACGAAUAUGAGUGCAUACGCUCCACAGUGUCUAUGGGAAAGCACUGCGAAAUAGCUCCAGGAGUAGAUUGUGAAGAUAUGAAAAAGCGUGUCGAUUCUCCAAACGAUGGCAUGUACUGGUUGGACCCGGAUGGGGGAAGUCCUACAAAUGCAUUCCAGGCCUACUGUGACAUGACGUCAUACAGUGGAGGGUGGACCAUGUGUUACACCACCGAACAGUAUGUCACACCCAAAACCGAAGUCACGCAUAACGCUCAGUUUCCUUAUGGAAGUGACGGCUACAGAAACGACUGUAACAAUAUUCCGUUUACAGAAAUAAUUUUUAUCGAUCAUCAAAACGAUAACAAGGCUUACUUCACCCGCCGUAGUCAAGGUGUUAUAACGGCCGCUAUGAGUUAUGGGAACGAUGCUGCUUCCUAUGGAUUGUGGGAUGGCGUGGGAACCAGCAGUGCCUAUUCCUACCAGUUGUUGAUCUGCCAUGGUCCUUACUUCCAUGGCUUUAUGAUUUCCGGGUACGCUGGUAACAAUUAUAAAAGGUGUGGCAAUUGGCGUUUAGAUACUCGGUCACCGUAUUUCCGUUCAGCGUCCACCAAUAACAAUUUUGGGGGUGUGGCCUUCAACGUCAAUGGUUAUGGAAAGCUUGCCUAUAGGCUCAUCAGUGUCGGCUUACGCUACGGAAGUUACUUCCACAAUAGAUUUGUUUCUUCUGAGUGA